AUGAUGGAGUCCGAGCGGAGGGCAGUUUACUGCACGCUCUUGUUGAGCGACAACUACUUGCCGGGUGCUAUGAUCCUCGCGCAUUCCUUGCGCGACAAUGGCACGAAAGCAAGACUGGUUGCCCUCUUUACGCCAGAUACAUUGCAAACAGCUACGGUCAAUGAAUUACGGACCGUCUAUGAUGAACUGAUCCCCGUGCGCGAACUUGUCAACGGCACUCCUGCAAAUUUAUGGCUCAUGAACCGGCCCGACCUGAUCGCCACAUUCACCAAAAUCGAGCUUUGGCGCCUGACCCAAUUCGACCGGAUCGUCUACAUCGAUUGCGAUGUCUUGGCCUCAAGGGCUCCGGACGAGCUGCUAUCGUUGGAAGUAGACUUUGCGGCCGUGCCGGACGUGGGCUGGCCGGAUAUUUUCAACAGUGGACUCAUGGUUCUUCGACCUAAUAUGCAGGACUAUUAUGCACUGAAGGCGCUCGCAGAGCGGGGCAUUAGCUUUGAUGGAGCCGACCAGGGUCUGCUCAAUAUGCAUUUCCGUGACUGGCACAGGCUAAGCUUCACGUACAAUUGCACGCCCAGCGCCAACUACCAGUACAUUCCAGCGUACAGGCAUUUCCAGAGUACUAUCAGUCUGAUCCAUUUCAUCGGUUCGCAGAAACCGUGGAAUUUGCCCAGGCAGGUGGUUCCGCAGGAGUCGCCUUACAAUCAAUUGCUUGGGCAAUGGUGGGCUGUGUAUGAUCGACAUUACCGUCCUCCUUUUGUUUCUAUUCGGCCACCACCGCAAAGUGUUCAGCAGGAGACGUAUUCCGCGAAGGCCCCGACUCACGAGCAGUGGCCAGAACCUUAUCAUGUUCAUCACGUCAAGGAGCAUGCACCUGUAAGCUUCCACCGCGGAGUUCAGCGGGAUGAAGAUGUGGCUCAAUUGGUGUCGAUGACGCAUGAGCAGACCCAACCAUGGCAGCCAUCUCACAAUCCGGACCAGGGCCCAGCUACUUCAAGGACAAUGCCGGUCCUCAGUGCAGUUCCGCAGUAUGUGCGUGGAGAAGAGCAUGUCUCAACCUUCAUUCCACCAUUGCCGCACAUACCUGCCUCUGUGUUCCACGCUCUCCAGCAGAGCCAUGAAGGAUGGCAAGAACCUCCCAAGGAACAAGAACACCCUCAGGAACAGGAACAUCACCAACAGGAGCAUCAUGACCAGACUCAUGAUGCAGGCCACAUCUAUCAACCGCAGCCUAGCGCGCCCACUCCACCGCUCACCCAGCUGUACCAGCCCCCUCGUUCUCCUUCUCCACAGCCGCCGACCUUCGAGGCACCAAAGGCAGAAUGGGAUGCUUCACGAGAGCCACCGCCGUUGAAUACAAAGCCUGAAGGAAUCAGCUUACAAGAAAGGACAUACUCCAUGUCCGAAGACACGAACCUAUUCCGACCUCCCCCAUCCUACCCUGAAGCCCCGAAGAACAUGUACUAUCAGGUCCCUGAGACCAAACCAGAGCCGCAGAAAGUCACAAAAUUGUUCCCAUGGGAGAGCCACGCUCCCAAACCUACUCGCGUCUUUGCACAGGAGUUACCCGUUCCCACCGUCUCAUCCGAAGACCAAUCUACACCAACCCAAAUCAAGGAAUCCGAUGCACCACCGGAAACACCAACACUGCGAUCACAGUAUGGGUCACCCACGGAAUCCUGGGACACAUACACGCGCUCAAAUGUAUGGGACGAGGACCCGCAUAUUCAAAAAUACAUUGAAUCAAUGCAACAAGUCCGCCACGGACGCACCCAAGUGAUCUCAGGCUCCAGCCAAUCCAGCACGAGCCAGGGCUCAGCAUCCAGCAGCUUCAGCGGGCGCCGACCCAGCAUCAAGCUAACCGACUUCCCAACCGCAGUUGAGCGGCCCAGCCUCCCCGUAACGCCCGCACCGGUCCAGCCCGGCGCCCAUGAAGAAGCAUCCGCGGAGAUAACCCUUCCUACCGCCGAAGGUGUUCCGGACCAGGAGGACUGGGUGGGUGUCACAGUUGAUGCGUUUUCCCAAAUCCUCCGAGCAACAUACUUAUUGUGGCAAUAUACAGAAUCCUCUGGCCCGGUUGGAAGAGCUGCGCCGUCGGCAGUCGGCAGUUUUGGAGAGUUCCGACUAUUUGCAUAG